AUGCUCUCGCUGCAGGAUGCUUCCCAGGUGAAGUCCAUCAACGAGUUCACAGAUUCCUUGGCCAAAGCCCUGGCGGAAGGCGAGGGCAUUCCGUCCAAGGAGCUGACCCGCGAGCUCCUCGCUGAUGGACUACGCCGAGCCCUGGAAAUUGGCGGAGAUAUUUGCAAAAAGCGCUUCUUGGAGACGCUCGCUGCCAACAUCCACAAGUUUGCGCUGCAGGAGCAAUACUCCUUGUCUCGCGUCUAUCCAGUGGAAAUCAGCUCCGAGUACCGAAACCUGCAGUCCUUCUUCAUUGAAGCCGGGACUGAAUCCACGGAGGUGCCAAGCACCACCCGCGUGUUCACCAGCACCACACUGGAGCCGCCGGCACUCGCAGAGCUGCGGAGGCGCCUGGCUGCUCUGCCGCAAAAGCCAGGGCCCACUGCAGAGGAGUUGGUGCACAGGUUCAAGGAGGAGCAGACUUCCUUAGCCCUUAAGGCCGUUGAUGGGCGGUCCAGGGCUGCCUUCUUUGCCGAGGUCAGGCUCAACCUCUUCAGGUUUUCAGAGGCCGCGCAGAAGGAGCUCGUUGAGACGUUCACGGAUCUCAAGGCAGAGGUGGUGAAGCUCGUGGACUCCACAACGCAGAUCACGGGCAUCAGUGGCAUCGUGGGCCCCUUCUUGCGAGGAAUGGGGGAGUGCCAGCCCUUGAAGGAUGGUCAGUUGUGGAAAGCUCUCUUUCUAAGCGGCCUGGUUAUAGGUGGUCUCUUGAGCCUUGCCUUCCAUCGAGACUUUGCCUACCCACAGGCCUUGGAGAUCUCAUUGGUCAGGUACUGCUUGGGUGGUGUCUUCGUUGGCAUCGGCACUCGUGCAGGAAGAGGCUGCACUUCUGGCCAUGGCAUCUGCGGUCUUCCUCGACUUGCCCCACGCAGCUGGAUUGCGGUGCCCACCUUCAUGGGAGUUGCGGCCGCCACAGUGGCUGUCACCAGGCAUACAGCCAAACUGGAUGCCAGCGGUCCGUGGCAGGUAGCGGAGCUCCAGUGGCCUCCCAACUGGGAGUUUCCUUUUGUGGCAGCCAUUUGGAGCCUGCUGCUGACUCUUCCUGUAAUGCUGCUGCCUUCCAAGCCUCGAAGCUUCAUAUCACCGAUGGCAUGCGGCAUCAUCUUUGGUUUGGGCCUGGGCGUCUCUGGGAUGACAAGCCAGGCGAAGGUCUUGGACUUCUUGGACUUUGGGGGAACCUGGGAUCCAAGCUUGGCCUUCGUGAUGGGUCUGGGACUUUGUGUGUCCUUCCCAGCAUUCCGCCUUGCAGAGCGAGAGGGGAGCAAGCCACUGUUCGGUGAGGAGUGCAGCUUUGAGAAGCCCUCCAAGACUGGGAAUUACGGGUCACUGGUUCUGGGUGCCACGUUCUUUGGCCUCGGCUGGGGUCUGGUUGGCAUUUGCCCAGGGCCCGCUCUGGCUGGUAUGAUUCCUUACUUGAUGAGCGGUACUGGUCCUGGCCUCUCUUUUGGCUUUUGUGUGCUGCUGAUCCUUGUCUCCUGGCUGGUGACAGACCGAGCCAGCUAUGUGAACUCACAGCCUGCUCUGGAAGUGCCGGGGGUGAGAGUACAAGCGCCGGCAGAUGAAAAAGCAUAG